AAUGUCACUGCGUGCGCUUCGGAAAAGAGAAACAGGCACUGGCUACGGCAACAAUAACAACCAUUUAGCAGCACCAGCAAGAACUUCACAAGCAACGCUCUUUAAGAAGGCCAGCACAGCAAUAACGUCACCGAAGAAAUCGUUGCUAAAAACUGGGAACACCGACUGCGGGUUGGAUAAACGGAACCUGUUCCGGGAGCAGAAGCUACUUGGUCGCAAGUGCCACUCGAGUCCUGACCUACGACAAAUCGGAAAAUACCAAAACAACAGCCUGUUGCGCAGCAAAUCGGAGGGGGAUGUUAGUUUAAUCCUGGCCAGCAAUUCCGGUGCUCCAUUGACGGUGGCAAACGCCAAGUCAGAGGUUUGCCUGCAAAGGAUUAGCUCUCACAGUUACGAACAAUCUCCGAGAACGCUGAUAAACAAAAGAGAAAUGCUCGGCGGUGCACGUUCCCAUCGCGACCUGACUCAGUCGUCCUAUGGCAACCAGGCAGGUGGAAAUUCCGUGGACUUGGAGCCCAGCUCUAGAACUCCUCGCCGCAUGAGCGAGUGCAGCUUGGGCUACAGCCAAUCCAGCUCCCGGCACACUGGCUCCAACUCUAUGUUCGCCAGCCAGAUGACCCUCUCCUCGGGAUCGGUGGUGCCGCCCGUGGACCCCAACGCUGUGCUAAGGGUUCCCAUCAUUGGUUACGAGGUUAUGGAGGAACGUGCGCGUUUCACUGCCUACAAGCUGCGCGUCGAGAAUCCAGAGACCAACGACUAUUGGCUUGUUAUGCGACGCUACACCGACUUCGUGCGGCUUAAUAGCAAGCUAAAACAGGCUUUCCCCAAUCUUACGCUCAUGCUGCCCCGGAAAAAGCUUUUCGGCGAUAACUUCAAUGCCGUUUUUCUCGACAAUCGGGUGCAAGGUCUGCAGAUCUUCGUAAACUCAGUGAUGGCCAAGGAGGAGCUGCGCAAGUGCAAGCUGGUGCGGGAGUUCUUCUGCCUAGACGAGCCGCCUUCGUACUCUGAAUCCAUGGAGGAGUGUCGCGCAAUUUUCGAAGCUCAGGAGGAGACGAUUGAGCAUAUGAAGCUGCAGAUUCGAAAUAAAAACGAUCUCAUUCUCAGUUUGCAGCAGAAACUGCGCGAGGAAAUGAACGAGAAGGAGCAGCUGAGAGAAGCUAUGAAAAAUAUGGACCUUAAUUGCUCGCACUGCUCAUCUGCUAGCGACAGUUUGGGCAUAAAGUAGACCUUCGCCAAUCCGAGGUGAUAACCAAAAUCCAGUUGGACGUGCGAGUGCGUACAACAUUAUGCUGAGCAUAACUCUACGCAACUGCGCCGCUUGGAUGCAUAUCCAAUCCAAUAAUCCAAACCAAGUGCAUAUCGAGGGGUUGGCCCCUACAGUGCUUUAGUAUUCAUAUCUAGACCUAGAUGCUAGCAAAGUGCUGCCCACGCUGGUACUACAUGGAAUACGAUAUUAGAUAUUUUUGAUAUUCGUUUACGAGGCACUUACAGUUAAGAAUGAAAUCACUAGAUUAAGUGUAUACGAUAUGUUAUGCAAACUCACAUACAAAAUAAAUCUAAGGCACAAUUUAUUACUCAA